AUGAAGCAACUAAAAGACAAGUCCACCAUUCCAUCCAAAAUAUCCUUCCCUUUCCAAAAAUUCACACAUCAAAAGCACUGCCGCCUCCGUCCCCUUUCUCACAGUUUCGACAGCGACCACAAUUUCUCCUUCAGCGACGGUCACAAGGGGAACUAUAUUGAUGUAGCGCAGCUGUUUGCCAAGGCAUUAGGAAAAACGCUUGCAUCCCUAAAUGUCAAUGAUCAGAAGAUUGGAUUUGAACAAGAACGAUCCAAUCUCGGUGCUGAAUCAGUAACCCUGGAAGCUAAAAAAGAGGCAGUAUCCAAAAUGGUCACAAACUUGUGUUUGAGUCAGUUCCAGAUGGUGAAGGAAAAUGGAACAUGCAGGCUGCUUCUUCCAUUUGGACGUUUACAGUACCGUAUUUAUACCUAA